AUGGCUGGAAGUCAGCCUCUGCACAAACAGCCCAUGAUAUCCAUUGGUGGAGAAGAGAAGUACAUGCAUGGAGGGAAGUGCAUAAGCCAAGUGAAAUUGAAGGCGGCAGGGGAGGUCUCCGUGGGAUGUGGAGGGGAAGGGAAGUAUCCAUGGGACGUAGAGGAGAGAGGGGAGAUCUCCAUGGAGUGUGGAGGGGGAAGGGAGGUGACCAUAGCUCUGUUUCCUCCACAGGGAGGGGGAGUGGCCCAGUCUGGCUCCAUCCAGCAGGCUUCACCUGUGCCCUCGGCCCCACCACAGGCAGAGCCGUCGGGCUCUGCCCGUGUUGCUAGACUUCCAGUUCACUUUUGUUCAGUUCAGAUCUCAGAGAAAUUUGCACUAACAGGGAUGAGUUCAGUCAAACCUGGCUAUGGGCGAACUAUCAACUGGAAACAGAAUGCUGGCCAUGAAAAGGAGGACUUUCUCCUCGCUGUGCCCUUUGUUAAAACUUUUGUGGGACAGUUACAGCUCUAUCCCUAUGAAAUAUCAGGAUUCUGUGCAAGAUUGCACAAGUUUAUUAAAGUCAAAAUAUAUUUAAAAAUCAGUGGCAGUUCUGUGGUAGAGAUUCAAGGAGAUGAAAUGACACAAAUCAUUUGGGAAUUGAUUCAAGAGAAACUCAUUUUUCCCUGUGUGGAACUGGAUCUACAUAGCUAUGAUUUAGGCAUAGAGAAUCAUGAUACCACCAACCACCAGGUCACCACGGAUGCUGCAGAAGCUAUAAAAAAGUAUAACAUUGGUGUCAAGUGUGCCACUGUCAUCCCUGAUGAGAAAAGGGUUGAGGAGUUCAAGUUGAAACAAAUGUGGAAAGCGCUAAAUGGCACCAUCCAAAAUAUUAUUCUGGGUGGCACAGUCUUCAGAAAAGCCAUUAUCUGCAAAAAUAUCCGCCAGCUUAUGAGUGGAUGGGUAAAACCUACCAUCGCAGGUCGUCAUGCUUAUGGGGAUCAAUACAGAGCAACUUAUUUUGUUGUUCCUGGGCCUGGAAAAGUAGAGCUAACCUACAUACUAAGUGACAGCACCCAAAAGGUGACAUACCUGGUACAUAACUUGGAAGAGGAUGAUAGUGUUGCCAUGGGGAUGUAUAAUCCAGAUAAGUCAAUUAAAGAUUUUGCACACAGUUCCUUCCAAAGCUCUAAGGGUUGGCCUUUGUAUCUGAGCAAAAACACUAUUUUGAAGAAAUAUGAUGAACGUUUUAAAGAUAUCUUUUAGGAGAUAUAUGACAAGCAGUACAAGUCCCAAUUUGAAGCCCAAAAGAUCUUGUAUGAGCAUAGGCUCAUCGAUGACAUGGUGGUCCAAGCUAUGAAAUCAGAAGGAGGCUUCAUCUGGGCCUCUAAAAAGUAUACUGGUGACAUGCAGUCAGACUCUGUGGCUCAAGGGUAUGUCUCUCUUGGCAUGAUGACCAGUGUGCUGGUGUGUCCACAAGGUAAGACAGUAGAAGCAGUGGCUGCCCACUGGACUGUAACCUGUCACUACCGCAUGUCCCAGAAAGGCCAGGAGACGUCCAUCAGUCCCAUUGCUUCUAUUUUUGCCUGUACCAGAGGGUUGGCCCUCAGAGCAAAUAUUGAUAACGAUAAAGAGCUUGGCUUCUUUGCAAAUGCUUUGGAAGAAGUCUGUAUUGAGACAAUUGAGGCUGGUUUCAUGACCGAGGACUUGGCUGCUAGCAUUAAAGGUUUACCCAGUGUGCAAUGUUCUGACUACUUGAAUAUGUUUGAGUUCAUGGACAAACUUGGAGAAAACUUGAAGAUCAAACUGGCUCAGGCCAAACUUGAAAUUCAUACCUGGGCUGAGGAGGAUAAGUCUAAAUAUCAUUCUCCUCAGGGACAGGGCCUGACAUCAGGCAUUCUGAAAAGUCCUAGGGCACUGUCAGUGUUCAAUAAGAUGGCUGUUGAAGAAUUGCCCUCAUUGGAAAUCAAUUGUCGUAUUGACAUAUAUAAUGAAGGCCAUGACCCACCAGUGGGAAUUGACACUAUGGAAGAGCUAUUUGCCUUCACGGAUAUGAGCAGACUAGGAAAAGAAAAAUGA